GGGGGAAGUGAUGUGGUCAUCUGUUCUGCCCCUAGUGCAGACCAGCCUCUCCAGUGGAGGAAACCAGGGACAUAAGAACUGAGCUGAGGUCCCCCCACCUCCCUCUGCUCUCCCAUCCCAGCUCCAAGUGUGGCCUGCUUCAAGACCCAGUUAGAGUAAAGGAGUUUCAGCUCCUGAAGAUGGAAGAGAAGACCCCAAGCACAAGCAAAGUUCCAACUAUUACAGAUAUAAAAAGUGACCUUGGGAUAGCAGAAUUGGGGUUGCUUUGGCAACAAAAAUGCAAGAUAAGCCCCAAAUGGGGAUCUUGCAUAGGAGGUAUUUUCACCAUAUUCAUGACCAUCCAGUCCCUCAUUCUUGACUUGAACCAGACGACUUCCUUUGGUAAGGAUCCCAACAAAUUCAACAUCUAUGAAGAGCUCUCUGGCUUGGUCCUCUGGACUUUCAAUCGCAAGAAUAACAUCAUCAUCUUAUUAUCUAUCACCACUCUCCUGGCUAGCUGUAUCCUCCUCUACUCUGUGUAUAUGAAAUUCUACCUGGGUCUCCUCAUCUACAGUUUCUGGAUCAUCAUUUAUGAAAUCAUCUACUGUAUCCUAAUUCUGCUAAUCUCUGAGGCCAUCAUUCCGGCCUUUCAGCCAGUAAAGUAUUAUCUGUGGAUUAGCCAAAUUUCUCGCAUGAUCAUCCAUGCCUUCUGGUUACCCUUUGUCAUGAUCUAUGCCUACAGUCUCUUUAAAGGCCCAAACCAUUUGGCCAAGAAGAGUAUACAUGACUUACCCACGUUUGAUUCCUGGUCCCCUAUGGGCAUAUCAACCCAUGAUAGAAAGUUCACCUGAUCUUGUAAGGAGGAAGGAAGGGAAGAAGGAAGAAAGGGAUUUCUAGAUUUCCUUACUUCCUACCUUCUUAAUUCCUGAUCCUGAUGCCUUCUGUUGAUGUUGAUUCUUAUUCCAAGUUAAUACUUUUUUUUUCCCAAGUAAGAUAUUGUUCUGCAGGCAAAAUCUGGGCAGGGUGGAGGGGGAAGGAGAGAAUGAGGAGAGGGAAGAGUUCGCUUGGACCAUUUGUUAUUUUUAUCUAUUUCUUUUGGUGUUUAAUAAUAAAUUAUCUUGCAUUGUUCCUUACCUUUUAGUUCUUUACCUGAAUUCUCUUUUUCUCUUGUCAUUUACUGUGUUACAUUUUUAUUUCUUCAGAAAGUCAUUUCAACCUUAUAUGAAAUUAGUUGUCCUAGAGUUUCUGUUCAGGCAAUGUGAUGUAAUCACUCUUUCACUCAAUCAACAAAUAUUUCCUAAGAAAUCUGUUGUGCACAAUGCAUUAUACUAGGUGCUGGAAGAGAUUUAAAAUAAAAAAAGAUUAAUAAAAGGA